AUGAGUGGACUGACCUCAUUUAACAACAGCUCUUCAUUUUCCAAUGAGACAGGAAGCUAUAAUCCAGUCACCACCGUGUCCCAUCUCUUCUUCAUACCCAUCCUCAGUUUGGUGUUUCUGGUGGGUUUACUUCUCAACAGCUUCACCAUGAAGUUUUACUUCUGCCGAGCUCAUCACCGGGUAUCCAGCAGCCUGACGGUCUACCUGAAGAACCUGACGGCCGCUGACUUCCUGCUCUGUCUCAGCCUACCCAUCCGCAUCACCAACUACGCCAGCGCGUCCGUCACCAUCCAUGUGCUCUACUGCAGCAUCGGGGCUUCUGCACUCUUCCUCAAUAUGUACGCCAGCAUCCUCUUCAUGGGAGGGGAUCAGAGAGAGGAUGGCACAACACUAAUCACCAUGGAAACCAGCCCAGAGAACAACUAUGGCACCAUGAAUGCAGUUCAGCCUGAGUAUGGGAAUGUUUUCAGUGAUGGAUUGACUCGGGUCGACUUUGUGCUGGUGUGGGAGGAGCCAAGGAGCAUGCAGGAGGAGAGCGUGGGUGUUAGCCCCGCCCACCGCCGGUGGAGGGAGGAGUUUCUGAAAAGACUGAGACACUCUGGACUUCUGCAGGAACAGAAGGAGGUCCUCCAGACAAAGAAGAGGAUCUGUUUUGUCCUCCUCAGCGCUCCGUGGAGCGUGCUCUGUUACUACGCUGAGGAGAUCAGCCUCAGAGCCCCACUGCAGGUGGUCACCGCCCCCAUCGUUAACUGGUCUGAACAGAUCCUGUCCAAUCUGUCUCUUCCCAACCUUAUGUCCCAGGACGUCCCCAACCCCCCGCCCGACUACUACACCUGCCAGUUCAGGACCAACAAGCUGGAGAGGUUUUUGGGCAGCGACAACAAAGACACGUUCUUCAAGACGACCCAGAGACACCAGGUGCUGUAUGAGAUCUUAGCCAGGACUCCAUACGGUUCGGUGAAGAACGGGGAGGUGGGCGUCGACCGUCUGGUGAACGAGCAGGUCUUCACCGCCGCCUACCCGCUGCACGAGGGAGAUUAUCAGCUGCCGACCCCCCCGCUCAGUCCCCAGAGUUUAAGCCUGAGGCAGAUCCUGUAUGCUUACUGGGCCCAGUGGUCCUGCUGGAGACGCUACCAACCUCUGGACCACAUCAGGGAGUACUUUGGGGAGAAGAUCGCGCUUUAUUUUGCCUGGUUAGGCUUCUACACCGGCUGGCUGCUGCCGGCGUCUGUCGUCGGGACGGUGAUCUUCCUGAUCGGGUUCUGGCUCGUGGCCACCGACGUUCCGGCGAACGAGUUGUGUGGUAGCGGAAACAGCUUCAUCAUGUGUCCGCUCUGUAAUAUCUGCUCCUACUGGAACUACUCCAGCAUCUGCGUCACCUACAAGGAGCGACCUCGUCCAGAGUUCACCGCCAUGGCACCGAUGAGCAUGAGGAACCCGGUGACCGGAGCGGAGGAGCCGUAUUUUCCUGAAAAUAAGCGAUUCAACAGAACUCUGACUGGCUGCAUGGUCAUCAUCAUCAUGGUCGCUGUGGUGUUGAUUUUUCUCACGGCCAUCAUUCUGUAUCGCUCCAUCCUCAGCAUCAUCAUCUACAAGUCAGAGUACAGCUUCUUCAGCUUCUCUGCUGGGAGAAUAGCCAGUUUGUCAGGGUCAGUGUUGAAUCUGCUGGUCAUCCUUCUGCUGUCCAGGAUUUACACCGCCCUGGCCCACAUCCUCACCCGCUGGGAGAUGCAUCGCACUCAGACUAAAUACGAGGACAUGUUCAUCCUGAAAGUUUUCGUCUUCCAGUUUGUCAACUUCUACUCGUCUCCGGUCUACAUCGCCUUCUUCAAAGGCAGGUUCAUUGGCUACCCGGGAAACUACAACACUUUGUUUGGAGUCCGCAACGAAGACUGUGGAGCAGGUGGAUGUCUCAUUGAUCUGGCUCAGGAGCUGCUGGUCAUCAUGGUGGGAAAACAGCUGAUCAACAACAUCCAGGAGUUCAUUUCCCCGAAGGUGAAGUCAUGGUGGCAGAAGAGGAAGCUGAAUCCUCAGCUGAAGGAGGCGGGACAGGAGGCCCAGAGGCAGGAGGAGGCUUCUCCCUGGGAGGCAGACUACCAGCUGCUGGUCUGUGAGGGACUCUUCAGCGAAUACCUGGAGAUGGUGAUUCAGUUCGGGUUCAUCACCAUCUUCGUGGCGGCGUGCCCCCUCGCUCCUCUCUUCUCUCUCAUUAAUAACUGGGUGGAGGUCCGUCUGGAUGCUCAGAAGUUUGUGACUGAAUACCGUCGCCCGGUGGUAGAGCGAGCUCAGGACAUCGGCAUCUGGUUUCCCAUCCUGCAGUUCAUCGCACACAUGGCCGUCCUGAGCAACGCGUUCCUCAUAGCGUUUACUUCAUCCUUUGUGCCUCGACUGUACUACCGCUACACCAGAGACAGCACACUCAGUGGCUUCAUCAACUUCACUCUGGCUACAUCACCGCUCAGCUACCAGCAACAGCACAACACAUCCUGCAGUUUCGUCAUCAUCUUUGAGCAUGUAGUCUUCUUCAUCGGCCGCUUAAUAGAUCUGAUGGUUCCUGACGUGUCCGAAGAGGUGGAGAUGAAGAUAAAGAGGGAGCACUACAUGGCUAAAGAGGCUCUGGCUGAGAACCAGGCUCUGGGGAAGACCAUGAUUCCUGGGAAUGGGGAAGCCCCGCCCAGUGAACUGCGACAGCGUAGAUCCAGAAUCUCUCCACAGGAGAGCGACCCACCGUCGCCGGACCUGGAAGAGAUCGCAGAGGAGACUGAAGCCAUAUUCAGCUGCUGAGACGAAGCUCAGGUGGACUUGGGCUACAACACGCAACGUUUUUAACCACUGACUGCUCGUCACUGUGCCUGUCAUCAAAUAACGUUUUAACUGUAACUUACUAUUUUAAAACUUGCCAUGUUUGUUGUAAUUGAAGUUUCUGAGUUAAAUGCUAAAUGUAGCUCAGCAGCUGGUAACCUGAUGGAGGCAGUUAGCGACAGCGCUGUAACAUGAGCUUUUUCAUGUAAUAAACAUUUGGAUAUCUGUUACACAUAAACUUACAUAUCCAAACACUUUAUGGGUGAUUACAGAAUCAUCAAUGCUCAUCUACCCUGUGGAUGAGGUAGCUUCUCUCACACUGUAGCUGAAUGUUUAUGUGCAUUUGAAUGCUUAGUCAUCUUUUGUAGUUGAGCUUCUACUGAUGAAAAGUUUUAGUUUAUUUUCUAAUAAAACUUCAUGGCCAAGAA